AUGCCAAUACCCGAUGGACCAUGGAGGGACGUAUCAAUGGAUUUCGUUACUGACCUUCCAGAAAGCGAUGGAUAUAAUGCGAUAUUGGUGGUAGUGGAUCGACUAACCAAGAUGCGACAUCUGAUCCCUACAACUAAAGAGGCGGAUUCAAAAGGAGUAGUGAGGUUGUAUAUCGAUAAUGUUUGGAAAUUACAUGGACUCCCUGAAACUAUGGUAUCUGAUCGAGGAACACAAUUUGUUGCGGAAUUCUGGAGGUCCCUUUGCGAUCGUUUGGAAAUAUCGCCAAAGUUCUCUACAGCGUUUCACCCCCAGACGGAUGGACAAACGGAAUAUAACGUGGGUCUAUGA